AUGACGACAGUGGUCCACUGUUUGCGGGUGUGGAGGCAUUACUUACUUGGUCAACACUUCACCAUCUACACUGAUAAUGUGGCAACAAGUUGUUUCAACUCCGAGAAAAAAUUAUCACCUAAAUAGACAAGAUGGCAAGAUCUUUUGAUAGAGUACAACUUCACACUCAAAUAUAAACUAAGACAGACCAAUGUGGUCGCUGAUGCAUUAAGCCGUCAAGAAGCCACAACAGAAGUGGCAGCAUUAUCGAUAAGUAUUGGGGAUCUUUUAGAGGAGGUUUGGGCAGCAUACAAUACGAACCCUAUUGUCAAACAACUAAUUCAAUAGAUAGAGUCUGGUGAGACAUGUCGAUUCUAGAUGGAGGAAGGUAUCCUUUAUACAGAGGACCGACGGUCCUUCAUCCCACAAGGGGGACAACUAUAGUGUCAGCUACUUUGAGAGACACAUGAUGUGUCCCUUGUUGGAUACCCGGGGCAACAGAGGACACUAG